AUGGAUGACACUUGUGCUGUUUGUGCUGAUACCCUUGAAUGGGUUGCUUAUGGACCAUGUCUCCAUAAAGAAGUCUGCUCUACUUGCACUAUUCGUCUUCGUUUCAUUUGCAAUGAUUUCAAUUGCUGCAUUUGCAAAUCAGAAUCUAACACCAUCUUUAUCACUAAGGCUUUAGGGGAUUAUACAAGGAUGAUAAGUGACUUCAAGGGUUUAGGUGGAGUUAAUGGAAGUGAGGGUAAAGUCGGGGAGUAUUGGUAUCAUGAAGGCACAAAGGCUUAUUUUGAUGAAUUUGAUCAUUAUAAGAUGAUUAAAGCUAUGUGUAGGUUAUCAUGCAAUGUUUGCAACAAGAAGGACGGAGGGUCAAAGGAGUUUAAUAGCGUUGAGCAAUUGAAGGGUCAUUUGUUUCACAGGCAUAAACUGCUUAUGUGCAGUCUGUGUUUGGAAGGCAGGAAGAUAUUUAUAAGUGAGCAGAAGUUAUAUAAUAGAGCACAAUUGACUCAACAUGUGAGGACGGGUGAUUCGGUGGUUGAUGGCAGUGAAAUUGAAAGAGGUGGAUUUACAGGACAUCCUAUGUGUGAGUUCUGCGAGAAUCCCUUUUAUGGAGAUAAUGAGCUUUACUUGCAUAUGUCCACUGAGCAUUUUACUUGCCACAUAUGCCAAAGGCAGCAUCCUGGACAAUAUGAAUACUUUAACAAUUAUGAUAACUUGGAGAUCCAUUUUGGUCAAGAGCAUUUCUUAUGUGAGGAUGAGGCUUGCCUUGGAAAAAAGUUUAUUGUUUUUGCAACUGAAUCCGAAUUGAAGAGGCAUAAUGCCAUGGAACAUGGAGGGCGCAUGUCUCGUUCUAAGCGUAGUGCUGUACUUCAGAUACCUACGAGUUUCCGGUUUCGGCAAAUUAAUGAACAUGAUCGGCAUCGUGGAGGUCAUGGUAGUCGUUCUGAUUCAUCAGGCUAUCAGAUGAACAUGGCCAAUGAAGAUAACCUUGAGACAGCCAAUGCUGAAAGGCCGUAUGGUAUUUCGUCAAAUGCCCAAUCUUUUUCUACUCGCAGAGAGGAAGGUGAAAUUGAUAUAAUUACGAACCCUUUCGAGUCAUUAACCACCAUAGAUUCUGAGCCACCUUCAAGAUAUCGUCAGGAUAUAGGAUGGAACUCUAGGAGUGCACCAAUGGAAGAAAUGUCCUUUCCACCACUUCCUGUGGCUUCAAGCAGUAGCCAACAGAGAUCCAGAAAUGGUUUGGGAGGUUCAAGUGUGAAUACAAUGGCUGCUCGCAUGCGUCGCCGAAAUAUGGUAAAAGUUCUUAAUACUUCUCGGGCUUGGCCAGCAGCAAAUAAUCAUCCCAACUCAUUAGCUAGUAUUUCUUACCAGUCGAGGCCCGUGCCAGAUUCUGGGGUUUUAUCUUCAUCCAGUUCUCUGAGUUUAUCCCAGAGUAAGCAAGCAACAGUUAAGGAGUCUGUUCUAUCUACUCACACGAGCUCUGCUCAGGCUGGGCCAUCAAGGGCCAAUGGACUUGUUCUAUCUUCUAAUUUUCCAAGUUCAUCAAGGACUUCAAAUAGGAACAGCAGGGUAAGCCAAGCUACAGUGGCUCCAAAUGCUGUAGACAGAACUUCUCUCAAAUCUGUUUCUAGUGUUCCCUUUCUGUCUGCCACUAAAGCGGACAAAAUGUCUACAAGUGCCUCAACUUUGCCGAAGGUUGAGGAUGUUCAAUCUGCUAAUAAGGCUCUAGUGGAAAAAAUCCGUGCUGCAUUAGAAUUUAACGAUGACAAAUUCACUGCAUUUAAAAUAAUAUCCACAGAGUAUUGCCGGGAUAUAAUUGAUACUGCAGAAUAUCUUGCCUCUGUGUAUCAAUUUGGUCUGUCACAUCUUGUCCCUGAGCUAGCUAGACUUUGUCCCAGUGCUGAGAAGCAAAGAGAGCUUGUUGAGAUUUAUAAUUACAAUGUGAGUAUGAAAGGUUCUGUUGAAAAUGGUUUGAGCAUUGACAAUGGUCGAUCCAAAUGCAAGAAAAGUUCAAAGAAAGGCAAAGAGAAGUGUGCUGAUAAUGGUAUCAGUAGCUUUGACAACAUUUUGUCUGAUAGUCUUAAGGUGGAGAUCUUACCAAAGGAGGGGCAUCCUGGUGGAAAAGGCAAAUCAAAGAUUUUGGUUGAUGAACAAGCCAACUUAAAUUUGUCAAUGGAGUCAAAGAGUGAAAAUGUUGCUCAGCAAGCUGGUGUCAUCUCGAAGAAGAAUUUCCUUAAGAACCGUCUCGGUGAUGCUUCCAGUGACACACUGCCAGAUGAUGAUCCUGAUGAAAAGGAAGAGAAAGCAGAUGCGAACAAAGAUAUACCUAAAGUGUUGCCGGUGGGUGGAGUUUGGAAUAAUGGGGGAGGCCGAAAGCUUGUGGCGAUGACCCAGAUGACCCAAGAAGACCGCAAAAAAUGA